AUGUCUUCGUUCCUUCUCAAUCCAGAGUCAGGAGUGGGAGAAGAAAAGGAAGAGGGGGCACUGACGCGGCGAUUGCGUGAAAUGAGUGAAGAUGCCCUUGAAUCUGGAGGACAUGGUGCGCUCAAGGCCGUAGAGGAAGCAGGCUUCAGUGCAGACCUCAAGGCUCAGCUAGAACAACGCAUUGCCGCUGCCAACCUCAGGUCUUCUGAAGCAGACUUGCCCGCUUUUGCUUCUCGCCACACACGCGACCUUGCUACGACCGAAGCAUGGACUGGCACCGAGUCUCUCCACGAUGCAAGCCUGCGCAUGCUAAAUGAUGCCCAUAAACCUCUGCGACUGGGAAAGCCGCCGAAGAUGCCAGGUGUGCCACCACCGCAGUCGAUAGAUACCGGACGCAAGCGCAAUAGUGAGGGACGCGGGCUACGAUUAGCCAAUGCACGCGAUAGAAGUACAGUGUACUCGAACCUGAAGGAUUCCGAGGAGUUGGAGGCUACGGAACGUGAGAGGCGACUACAAGAUCUCAAAGAUCGGUUUGACCCCCAUGCGCGCACCAUUGUCCCUGGAUCGAUAUCAGGACUCGCUUCGCUUGCAAAUAAGAGGAUUGAAGACGCAAUUGCUCGUGGCCAAUUCAAGAACAUACCCCGGGGGAAGACUGCAAAUGUGGAAAGGGACUACAACGCGUCUAGCCCCUUUAUUGAUACAACUGAGUACUUCAUGAACAAAAUCAUCCAGAAGCAAGAGAUUGUGCCACCAUGGAUCGAGAAGCAGCAAGAACUUACGUCAGCAGCCAGCAAGUUCAGAAGUCGGUUACGAGCGGAUUGGAAGCGACAUGCCGCACGUAUGAUUGCUAGCAAGGGCGGCUCACUGGUAGAUCAAGUUAAAAGAGCUGAAGCGUAUGCAAAGGCUGAACUUCUCUCGAAUCCGCUAAAAAAGAAGCACGAGUCUAUGACGACGGUCAAUGAUCAAGGUCAUAUUUCGCAAGUUUCUUUGUCGGGACAGUUGAAAGUAAACCCAUCGACGGAGGGAUUGGAUGCGGCGCCAACGGUGACGGAAGAAGUAGUCGCAAACAUGGUCACACUUGAUGCCUCGCUAGAAUCCGUGUCGCACACACCGGAAGCACCAAAGGUAGAAGCUACCACCACCCAGACAAUGGAGGUGCGUGUCCAAACUCCCGUGGAAGAGGUGCGUCCGGCGGCCUAUCCCUUCCGCGACCCCGAUUGGGAGCGCAUAGAAGGCAAAUACUUGGCUGUUGCAAUCAAGGACCUCAACGACAAGGCACGUAGCUACAACCUGCAGGCACCCGAGCUAGCCAAAAGGCCCUAUUUCAAUCUACAACGUGAGCUGAACUCUUGCUUCGCCGACGUUGCGCCUCAGCUAGCUGAAGCCAUCAUCGAUCGCGCACGCAGACCACCCAAGAAGGCUGAGGGUUGGCACAAUUCGGGCCAAAAGAGUGUCCUGGACAAUAUUGUGGGCGGACCCGUUCGCGUGAGAGACGAGCGUCGCGAGAAGCAGUACGGCUUCAGACAGUUCUGGAAAGACCUUUGGGCCGACAAGUCGAGCAAUCCAUAUUAA